UCCUUAAAAUUCACUUCUUUUCCCAACUUGAGUCGAUUAAUAUUGUAUAAUCGUAAUAAUAAUUCCUGUUCUAUUGAAAAUAGGCAGCACUGGAUGAGGCGACCGACACAUGGGGAAUAAAAGUAGAGCGUGUGGAAAUAAAGGAUGUGCGCCUGCCGGUACAACUGCAACGGGCCAUGGCAGCUGAGGCUGAGGCAGCUCGCGAGGCUCGAGCUAAGGUAAUAGCAGCAGAGGGUGAACAAAAAGCAAGUAGAGCCCUCAGAGAGGCCUCUGAAGUUAUUGGCGACUCACCGGCUGCUCUUCAACUCCGUUAUCUCCAGACACUCAACACAAUUUCAGCUGAAAAGAAUUCCACUAUCGUCUUUCCAUUACCAAUCGACAUGCUCACCUACUUCAUGACAGCGAAUAAAGAUAAAUAACUACAACAACACACCUGUGAUUUUAUACAUUGCCUACUCACUGAUCGGCAAUCAUUUUUAUACGAAACCAAAACUCACACAGAAUUAUCAUAAGUUUGAGAGUUUUUUAAGUGUUGUUUUUCACUUUUACAUGGUAUGAUGAAAAUGAACCGAAAUAGAGGUUAUUAAUUUGCACGUGGACAUUAGCACCAUUUCAGGUCGAUUUUCAGCGAUUGCCGGUCACAAUGUACUCACUAUGCACUACAUAUUAUCAAGUGCAUCAUGUAUUAUAUUAAAUAUUACUCUUUGAUGAUAAGGAUUUGGAGUAUUUUAUGGAGCACGAUUUUAGUAUGUCAAUAAAAUGGAAUAAAAGUCAUUCUUUUGGAACGUAUUA